AUGGCUCCAGUAAAGGUUUCGGCAAACGGAUCCAAUGGUCGCACAAAUGAUGAGAACGAAGAAAAUGACACUGUAGACUUAAAAAACUUGUUGCUUCAGGAGUCAGAUCUCUUUCUGAGCUCCCUCGAUUCAGAAGCAUAUCUUGACAGUUUGGCGCCAAUCAUCACGGAAGCCUUGAAGGCCAAUGCUCUUGCCGAAUUCAUCUCGAAAUUGAACGACUACGUCAAAGGAAAAGAUGCCGAAUUGAACCAGAAAUCGCUUGAUUCGGCUACUGACAUCAACACUUGCAUCGAUAGCAUAGACCAAGUCUCGAUCCAGUCACAUGAGCUUAGCGGGUCGUUGCUGAAGGUGAACUCAUUUCUUAAACAGAGCACGUUAGGUCUUAUCGAAAAGAAAUCUAAACUAUUGAAGGCAAAGGAAACAGAACGAGCCAUUACAGAGACGAGCUUAGUAUUGAACUUAUGCAUCCAGGUUCUCGAAAUCACAAACAAAAUCCAUGAACUUAUAAAACAGCGCCGUUACUUCAGUGCUUUAAAGCUCAUAGAUGAGCUCACGUCCAUUCAUUUACCUAAGGUCAGUAACUUUUCCUUUUCUGUGAAGAUCUACGACUCUAUACCGCACUUGACUUCGAUGAUCAAAGAAGAGGCGCUCGAUAAUCUUUGUAAAUGGCUUCUGACACAAGUUGAGCGUAAAAUUGAUGACAUCGGCGACAAGAUCAGCCUCAGCUUAGAAGCUACACAAAAUGACUGGGCCUCCAAGCGCGAGGGUUCCGUGCUACUCAUGCCUCAUAGACUCAACUCCGCUGUUGAGAUGUCUAUGCGUGACGCGGACUUGAAUUUCAAUGUCUUUGAGUCUUCAGAACUCAAUAUUACUCUUGGGCCCGUUUUUGACUGCCUUCUUGUCUACCAAUCCUUAGGAGAACUCCCGAUUCUUUGUGCCGCAUACCAUAAAGAGUGGAUGAAGAAAUACCAGAGAAUCAUAUAUCCAAUGACAUUGUCUCUGAGCGCCAGGGAAAAGCUGGCCUUUUUCAAGGAAACCAAGGUCUCGUUCCCCGACUUGAUCUCUCUCGAGUCAUACUUGCGUAAGAUCGCAGCCCUUUUCGUUGUUGACAAACAACUCAACUCACAAACGAAGUUCGAGCUACGCUCCAAUGCUUCUGCUGACGAUCUUUGGGAAUCUUUCGCUAAUAAGCUUAAACCCGUUCUCAUCAAUUUCUUAGAGACCGAGGAAUGGACCAUGGAUAAUUUGUCACAACUCGUCGACUUCAAGGAUUUACUAGGUAAUUUCUUACAAACCAUGGAAAAUAGCCAGUACAAAACCUCGGAGCUCUAUGACAUUCUAAUCAUAGUGCUAAGGGACUACUAUGGUCCAUUGCUCAUCCAACAGUUCCGUUUCGAAUUCAUCCAGUCAAUCCAGUCGGACCACUAUAUGCCCUCUGUCGUCACGAACAAGAAUAUGUAUGACGAAAUCAUGAAAAUAUGUUGGUAUAAGUCUGAAUCCAGCUUUGCGCCCAAGAAUAUCAAGGGGUUUCCAGUGUCAUUUCCUUUCAGUGAGGAUUAUUUGCGCUAUUGCAUUAAUAUUCGUCAACUCCUUAAGGACUUGAUUGACUUCACAUCAGACUACUAUAGCCAGGAUCUAGCUGAGCUCAAUCGCAUUAUUGUGAACGACAUCUUCGAGAAGUGUCUUGGUGAUACGCCCGGAUUCGGUAUCUGUCAUGACAUGAAGACAUUCAUCACCAAAAACGCAAACAAUAAAGAAAUCGUGGCGCAGAGCUAUACAAAUCUUGAGUACUACUUGUACAGUUUGUACGAGAUCGGCAAGCUUAUUGACAAGAGACUACGGUUUUCCAAUGGAAUUGGUAUUAUUAAUAUCGAUACGAACUCUACCUUCAAACUAAAGGCCAUUGAGCUAUUCACAAGUGUUAGAAAAUUCUCGGAAGAUGCAAUUUUCCAGAUGGUUGACCAGAAAGUUCAUGAGUUGUUAGAAUUGCUCCAAUAUGAGGACUGGACCCCUGCUUCUGCAAACACUGGUCCAAGUGGAGAUAUCGAAGAGUUUGCAGUGUUUUUGGAUAACUUGUUCAACUCUAUCUUCUCCAACUUGCCAUCCUCGUUCCGUACGUUGGGGCUUUUCAGGAGUUUUGACUUCAUUUCUGAAUACUUCUUGUCCGAGUUGAACAACGCCCCUCGUUUCAACAGGAAUGCAAUAAUCAAUCUCGACUUGGACGUCAAACAUUUGGAGGAGUCCAUGGCGUCGCUUGUGUCAACAGACUCCCAGGGUGAUGGAGCUCUCCAGUCUACUUUCGCAGAGCUCAGACAGAGCAUUGAUUUGCUUUUACUUGACAACUAUGAUGAAUUUUACAAGGACCCAACAUUCCGCAUGCGCCGCUUUGACAGGUUGAAGUACGAUCUGGCCCUCAAGCUCCUCAAAAAGAUGCAGCGUGAAGAGGUUGACGACGUGGUGUCAAUAACAGAGAACACUUUGACAAGAGAGGGGUCUAUUCUCAGCGGGUCUGCGGCGAAAUUUGCCAACUGGGGUAAGUUCCGCAAAAGCGACACUUGA